CCACCCAACACCAUUGACUCAUCGUCAUCGUCUGGCGGCAUCGCCAGCUUCUCCUUCUUUGUCAUCUUUGCCAUCUCCAUCUAAAAACUAUAGCAGUCUAUCAACGUGCCAACUGCGCCCGCCAGUGCACGAACCCCUACGCCAUACCGCAUUGCACACGCAUCGAGCAUGGGAUCAAGCCACCUCCACUGAACCUGGUCACACCAACACCACGUCGUCCGUCUCUGCCCACUCUGCUUCGUCUCGAUCGCCCAUUGCGCAGCGUACCUUCACAUGCGACUGUCUCCUCAUACGCUCUAGGCGAGACACGCUCCCAGGAUGUCAUCGUCGCCCUCAUUGUCACAAUGGGCCCAGCGGCGGCCAGCCGGUAACCCCUCCGAGCCACCAUCGCCUCUCAGGACUCACGUGGGAGAGCUGGGUCCAUCACCCCUUCGCACUGCCAGAGGAGGUGGGGUCGAGGAGUCUCCCUCAUCAUCGUCUGCAGGCCCCUCAAAUACCAGAGGACUGGACUCCCUCCUCUACAACUUCUAUGCAAAGACCAUCGCAGUGGUGAUAGCCUCUCGACUCACACAUUGGCAUGACAUCGAUGCCUUCGACACUCAGGCGAAGUUCCUCGAGGACAUGAGAACAAUCGUCCUUGCUGAGGGUGAUGCUCGGGAUGAUUCUCUGCUAGCUGCAUCAGAUGCAUCGAUACCUCCAGCAAGCGCUAGUGCUGCCAGACAGGCAACGGGAAGUGGUAGCGCGGCCACUGCCCGUAAGAUGAAUCGCUGGUUUGGCAUACUGCUACCGGAACUCGAAAUCUUCAGAGACGAAGCAUUGUUGUGGAAGAAGCUUUCCAACUUCGUACCUCAGUCCGCCCUCGAGGCGUCCAUCGAGACUCCUGCAGACGAACAAAUGGCAGGCCCAGGUCGCAUACUGGUACCACCGCUAAUACUCGACGUCAUCUUCGAUCCCACCCAGCUAGGGAAAGAGCAUACUCUCAGUCUCGUCGAUUCUCGACCUGCCACUCCAGCAAGAGGCGUACAGCGACAGUCUAGUGCCGUUGCGUCUACUGUCGAGGCAUCGGGUGUCUUACAUCGCCCUAUUGUGUUAGAGCGGUGGAGGAUAGACUUCAAUGUCUUCCCUCCAGAUGUAGCUCCCGAUAUUCGAGGAGUCUAUCAACGAUGUAUCAGCCACUUUCGGUCGAUGCAUGCCUUGAUACGAUCCCUACCCACGCAGCGCCUCUACCGCAGGCUCAGGACAGCCAGAAUAGAGGCGGCUCAGCGAUCUGGAGACAUCGAAGGGUCCAGGCAGAGUCAAGACGCCAUGCCUUUUGACCACUUGCUACAGAUCGGCUGCAGGCUUGGGGCAGGGGAGCCAGAUGACGAAGACGAAGGAGACGAGCUCGGGCUCAAGUACAGGUUCACUAGCUCAGACUCCACCAGUGAACGCCCGACCGUCGGCAAAACCGAGGUGGACUCUGUGCUUGAGACAAACAUUCAGGGUUUCGGCCCUGUGGUGACCCCACUGGGAUCCCUCAACGUAUCCGUGGAGUAUCGGCUUGACGUCGACUUUAGAGUGACGACUAACCGCACAGAUAUCGGAAGAGGUACUUCUCGGCCGCUUUCGACUGUAGAAUUGGCCAGCGGUGUUGCUAGUAUUGACCUUCAACCAGACGAGGACUACUUCAGACCGAAGAGUAUGCCGACUAAACAGGAAGGCGCUGCUCUGACCAGAUCUGCGUCAACGAGGAGCACAGAAGGCCCGUCUUUGGCCCAGCAAGUAGCCUCACAACCCAUUCCUGUGUCUUCGCAGGCGGGGAGCGGCGAGCAGCCUGUCCGCUCCGCAUCGUCCGCCAGCAACCCAUCUCCCUCAUCGUCUCUGUUCAGUCAAAGCGUUCCUGGUCGACCCCGCCUUCCGCCGGCCGGUCUAUCAAGUCUCAGGCAUCAGAGCUCGGUAGCAGCGAUGGGCAACAUUGCUACUCCUCCCACGAUCGAAGUCGGCACUGGAGGCAUGACAGCUCCGCCGUCCGCCUUGGCUUCUGCUCUUGGGCGCUCCCCAAGUGGGGCGGAGCCAGCAUUUCUGACCAACGCUGUCCGCCGAGCUAGCAUGGGCGAAAGGAAGUUCCGCACCCCCAGCAACAUGGGAGGGGCUGAACGGCCCAGUCCGCCCUCACCCUCUACCGGUGCAUCCUCGGCAUCGAUGAGGCCUCCGAUACCUCACCAGAUGCGCUUCGGCUCCUACUCGCCUUCGUCAUCUUCCCCGCUCGCACAGCGACUUUCCGCCAGCCAGUCACAACGUCAAACACAGUCUUCACAAGGACAGCCUCGGUCAAUCUCGUACUCCCUCAGCCCCACUCCUGCCGGUAUCUCGGCAGGAUCAGUGUCCUUUGCUGAUUCUCGAUCCAAAAGUCCCAACAUGAGCCUCCGCUCGGUAUUCCAGGACUACCUGCCCCGAAAUCAGGGUCGAGGCGAGGUGAGCUCACCGGCCUCCAACCGCUUAAGCAUUGGCAGCAGCACCGGCUCUGCGCCACGUCCCUCGUUGCAACGUCAGACAUCUGGCGGUAGCGAGGAGCGCACUUCGUCCGUAUCAAGCACGGUCGGCGGUAGCGUUGUCGGAGGAGCAAGCACCAGUGGUACCACUUCGGUAUCAUCGCGCCCGGGACAAGCCCCCAGUGUGGCUCCUCAGAUGAUACAGCGCUACUCCCGCACCCCUUCGUAUAGGCAAGAGCGUCGCACUAUCAGUACGUCCAUCGGCGAGAGUCAUGCAGAGGAUGGUGGCGAAGUAGCGAGAGGCGGCUCGAGCCUGGAGAGUAAUCAAGGCAGCAUCUACAGUCGAAGCUGGCAAGCUCGCACUGAAGCUCGACAAGCCAUGAUCGCAAACGCGAUGCAAAGAGGCAGUCUAGGGGGCAUUGGCAGCGGCAGCCCCGGUGGUCCAUUCGCGAGAGAGUAUGCCUCGUCGCCAACUAUGUCACCUGCCGCAGUUCAGAGAUCACCUUCCAGCGCCUCGGGCUCAUCGUUGCGAGCGAUCAAAAGACGAGGCUCUAUACAGGACCUUGUCGAAAUGAUAGAUUCAAGACCGCAAGCUGUCACGCGCCCUACGCUAGCAACACAAGCUUCCAGUCAUUGGCCUAGCCCGGCGGCGAUUCAGCGUGUGCCGUCCAUAGGGACUGCCGGAACUUCAAGGCCUUCAUCGAGGAUUGUUCCAGAUCGAGUCGACGCUACCGGAGCUUCAACUAGUCGAACAAGUCCUCUGCAGAGCGGAAGCUACACUACAUCGGACCGUCAAAUACCACACUCUCGCACUCAGGGCAGCGGCGGUGAAGACAUUCGGGGCUCAGGAGUCUUGUCCAGUCCGUCAAGCGCGAUCAGAAUUUCCUCGGCCCAUCGACCUUCCUCCAGCCCUGGUGUCCUCCUGUCCCGAAGCGCUGUGGAUGAGAUGCUCGCCAAGAUGUCGCUUAGUGUCAGCAGACUGGCGGGUAUGGCAGGUCGGCAGGGCAGCGGCGAGGCGUCAGGAGAGAUCGCGCCUACCUCGUCUCCAACGUCUCGCUUCGGCGGUGGCGUUGCCGACCAGCACAUAGAGGGCGGCUACGGAGCUACCUCGCCCGUUCAGCACACCGGGGAUGCCAGGCGACCACCAGCCCUCAGAGGUACAGGUCCGCCCUCACCUUCCUCUUUGCGCCGCCUCGCUCGCUUGUCAGCCGGCAGGUCUCAAUCUUCUUUGGAGCUCUACUCUCCAGAGACGGCCGCAUUCCCCUUGCACUCGUCUAGUGAUCGCCCUACCCCUCGGCGGUCUUCUUCUAGCUAUGAUGAUGGUCAUCAACCUUCAGCAGGAGGAGCAGGAGGGUCAGGUGGGGACCACGCUUCCUCCUUUGACGCCAUCGGCCUUGUCAACUUCGAAGAGGAGGAGCCCACAGGUCGAUUAGAAUUGCAUUCCGAGCCUGGUACACCUCACUACUCCUUUGCUCGAUCCAGCAACCAUCCCCUCCACCACCACAGCAGCAAUAUUGUCGGCGGGCUAGGGGUACAAGGUCGAUCGGGCUCUGCUGGUCCUGGACAUGGGCAUGGGUCCAGAGGAGUGGAGAUGGAGGGCGGGCUGGGCGGCUUGUCGGCGGGUCCCACGGAUGCUGAGCGUCUGCGAAGCUUUGGUGAGGAGCUGGGCUCAACGAGAGGCAGGAGGAACCUCAGUCCUUGGACGCGCAGUCAUCGUGGGGGAGGUGCUGGACAGCAGCACCACCCUGGCAGCGCGCCAGGCAUUACUACACCUAGCGGAUCAGUCUCUGCAGGAGCAGGAGGAGCUGGGGCAGGAGCCUUUGGAAGAGCUGCGUCUGGAAGUCAUGCGGCUUCACUCUUGAGCCCUGCACCUUCUCCCGGCAAUGGCAACAAUGGCAAUGGCGGCGGUAAUGGUACCGCUCGAAAUGAGUGGGAGCGAGAGCGGGAGUACCGAGAGCGGAGGGAGAGGCGUGAGGCGAGCGAUCAAGCCUGGCGAGAGUAUCAGAGGCAGAGGGAUCUCAAUCGGGAUUGGUAAGGGAGUGGAGAGUCUUUCGUGCCACCACGACUCGGGAAGGGGUCUUGGCCUAUCAUACUGUCAUCAGCUAACCACAUCUCACAUACACACACACAUAUAAAAGCAUUUACUAGAC